AUGGUACUUGUUCUGCAGUUGUUACAACCCCUGCUGCUGUGUGUGCCCACUGCAAACUGUGCCAAGAUUGAAGUGCCUGUUUUCGUUAACUAUGUGAUGACCUGCAACAUCUUCGAACUUCCUGCCAAGCCACGUUUGGAGGACUUCUAUUGGUUCCAAAACGGUCGUCUCAACCGUGGUGUAAACUACGUGCUUCUUCCUCACGGUGAAAUUCCAUUUGAAGGGAUCAGUCCUGAUGCCACAGGCAUCUACCGCUGCUGCUACGGUGGUUUUGUGAAGGUUUUGUGUGCUGAAGAAAUUCACCUCAUCGUGAAAGCUCCUCGACCAGACAUCUUUCGAAACACUUUACUGAAUAUUACCCCCCAAAUCUUCCCAAACAGUGUCUAUUGGCUACCCCAGAUGCUGACGACACCGCUGGAGGUCGAGAUGACGACUGAGCCCCUCAAAUUUGAAUGUUUUUAUUUCGUGCAGUCAUUCACCACGAGGCGUCCGCGUGUGGCUUGGUACUUUAACGACUUCUACCCAGAGGAUAGGCUAUUCGAGUCCCUUGUCCAGGCAAAUGGCGAGCGGUACGCCGUAAAAAAUGAGGAAAUUGUUUGUGAAGAGGAUUACAUGCAACAUUGGAGGAGUCACUGUUUCAAAAGCACUCUCACCAUACGGCGUCCGAGUGACGUGGGGAGGCGAGUGGUCUUCACGUGCGAAGUGAACAUGAUCAAGGCGGACAAUCGGUUAGAGAAUCAACUCAGUGUUGACUACCGUCUCGAAAUCGACAGCCGUCGUGAAUCAAACUGGAUUUAUGGGUGA